UCUCCCCACUUCCCUUCCUCUCUAUAUAUAGACAUAUACUGUGCUACAUGAAGAGAAUACGAUGAUCAAAGAUGGAGCAAAGCGAACACCACAACCCCCACCAAGUCCAACUACAGAUCCUUACGACAUCUCCGAUUGCCAUUGCUGCGGCCACCGCCACUGCUUCUGAGAAGGUUCUCUCGAAGCUCUCUGUACUGACGAAAUUCCACGCGGGAUACUUCCGCAUCAGCCUUUCCCUGUGUGGCCAGGCUUUGCUGUGGAAGACGCUCAGCGAGCCGACCACUGACGCCAGCGCUCUCCGACCUGUCCUCCGUAGGUUGCCCUCCGCUGCCUUCGUCCUCCUCUGGUCCCUCGCCUUCCUCACCCUCGUGGCCCUCUGCCUCCUCUACGCCGUGCGCUGCCUGUUCCGGUUCGGCAGCGUGCGCGCUGAGCUCCGGCACCACGUCGGCAUGAACUACCUAUUUGCACCCUGGAUAUCUUGGCUCCUGCUCCUCCAGUCCACGCCCUUCCUCCACCCCAAGACGAAUUGCUACCUCCUCCUCUGGUGCGUCUUCUCUAUCCCCAUCCUCGCGCUGGACCUCAAGAUCUACGGCCAGUGGCUCACCAGAGGGAAACAGUUCCUCUCCGUGGUGGCCAACCCGACAAGCCAGAUCACAGUCAUCGGCAACUUGGUCGGGGCACGUGCGGCGGCGCUGAUGGGAUGGAAAGAGAGCGCUCUGUUCAUGUUCUCGCUGGGCGUUACGCACUACCUCGUGCUCUUCGUCACGCUGUACCAGAGGCUGCAAGGGAGCGACUCCCUGCCCGCGAUGCUACGUCCGGUGUUCUUCCUCUUCUUCGCCGCGCCGAGCAUGGCCAGCUUGGCCUGGGAUUCCAUCAGCUCCACUUUCGACAUCUCCUGCAAGAUGCUCUUCUUCCUCUCCCUCUUCCUGUUUGCUUCCCUGACGGCAAGCAAUAAGAGUGAAAUGGUCAAGAGAGAGAAAGAAGAAGAACGCGAGAUUCCUGGAAUGGGAGAUAACAACCUGGAUUACAUGUUAGACGGACUGCUUGCCUGGUCUCGUAACAUACAUGCUCACCUUUUAAGGAAGAGGCAAGCCACAAAGGAAGCACCACCACGGCACCACAUCUCCGUAUCCUAUGGAGUAAAAAGUAUGCGUCGGCGCUUAUUGCAUUGCAUGGCCGCUCACGCCACCACGUCACAUCCCAGUGGCUACGAAUCCGUCACAAACUCCUCCGUCUGCGUAAGCUUUGACGGUGGCAUGAGAUCACAGGGAGAUGGCUUUGUGCUGCAGGUAUCGCGGCCGGCGCUGUUCAGGCGGUCCAUGAGGCAUUUCAGCGUGGCGUGGUGGGCGUACUCCUUCCCGCUGACCGUGCUGGCGCUCGCCGCCACCGAGUACGCCCAGGAGGUGAAGGCGGCGGCGGCCAACCUACUGAUGCUCGUCCUCUCGGUGCUCUCGGUGCUCGUCACCCUGGCGCUGAUGGUGUUGACGGUCAUCAGGACCGGCGAUCUGCUGCCUCGCGAUGAUCCGUUCGUGUGCGCCACAUCUGCUGCUGGGGGAGCAACUCGUUGACAACAUUCUUCCUUGUAUUCACGUACAUUAAUACGGACAUGAGAAUUGAUCGCAUCGUGUCUCGUGUUCUUUCUUAUUUAUUCAAUCCUUUUAGUACCUAAAUUUACCGAUCUGUGGUUGC